AUGCCUGGUGGCGCCCAGUACGCGUACGUACUCUGGCCGUGGCGCCAUGGCGGUGUAAAAUUUAGGGCAAGGAAAAGCUACAAAUUUAGGGCAGCCAAGUUCAUCGCAUUUUCUUCCAUCGAUCGGCGCUUCCGCGAGGGAAGGAAUGCCGGGCGGGGACUGGGAUUGCGAUGGAGCUCCGGCCCAGCAAGCCCCGCGGAGCUGGAGCGCGGGAGGAGGCUCCACGCGGAGGCGAUCGACGGCGGCAGCAGCGCGAAUCUCUUCGUCUCCAGCGCGCUGGUGGACAUGUACGCGCGGUGUGGCAGCCUGGCCGACGCUCACCGCGUCUUCGACCGGAUGGUUUGCCACAACGCAGUGGCGUGGACGUCGCUGCUGCUCGGCUAUGCCCGGCAGGGGCAGGGGGAGCUCGCGCUGGAGAUCUUCGCGGGGAUCCAGCGGAGGCAGGGGUGUGAGCCCGACUCGCGGUGCUUCGUAGCGGCGCUCAAGGCCUGCUCGAGCUGUGGCAUGCGAGAGAAGGGCCGGGAGAUCAGUGGAAAGGUGGUGAAAGCCGCGGCUCUGGAGAGAGGGAUGGAGAUCCACGCGCAGGCUUGCGAGCGUGGCUAUGGCGGGGACGUGUUUGUGGCCGGGUGUGCUGUGGAUAUGUACGUGAAGUGUGGGAGCUUGGCGGACGCGAGGCGGGCUUUCGACCGGAUCGAAGAGCACAGUGUGGUGGUGUGGAACUCGCUGCUGCUGGGACUGGCGGAGCUCGGAGAGGCCGAUCUUUGCCUGGAGCUCCUGGAGAUUGGGAGGCUCUUCGAGCCGGACGAGGCCACCUUUGUGGCGGCGCUCAAGGCGUGUGGAGCUCUAGUGGCGCUGGAGGCGGGGAGAGCUCUCCACGGACAGAUUUGCCGGCUCGGUUUUGAUGGAGAUGGAAUUAUCGGGACUUGCCUGGUGGAUUUCUACGGGAGGUGUGGGAGCCUUGAGAGCGCCGAGAGGGUGUUCUACGACGUCUUGGACGCGAGGGACUCGGUGGCCUGGACUGCUCUCAUAGCCGGGAGUAGCCGGCGAGGCGAGACCGCGAAAGUUUUCUCGCUGUACGAGAAGAUGGUGGAGGAGGGAUUGCGACCGGACGAGGUGACGCUCGUGUGCAUCAUCACCGCUUGCAGCCACGCCGGUCUUGUCGACCAAGGCCGGGAGUUCUUCCGGGCUAUGGAGUCGAGGCACAGGAUAGUUCCGGUCAUCGAGCACUACCUCUGUUUGCUCGACAUGCUUGGGCGAUCGAACAGGCUUGAGGAGGCGGUGGAGGUGGUGGAGACGAUGCCAUUCCAGGCAACUUGGUCGACGUGGAUGACGCUCCUCGGUUCGUGCCGCAAGUGGAAGAACUUGAUAGUAGCCAAGGUUUCUUUCGAGGCGUUGCUCCGGAUCGAUCCAAGAGACUCGGCUCCAUACAUGCUCAUGGCAAGUCUCUACGGCAGCUUGAAGAUGUGGAGCGAGCAAUCAAAGAUCGAAGCUUUGAGGAUUAAGAGCGGUGCAUGGAGGAAAGCCGAGGAAGGACGAAGCUGGUGGACGGAUUCCUCGUCGAGAGUUCACUCGUUUAUCGCCGGAGAUCGUACCCAUGCUCUGAUCAAAGCCAUCGAAGCCAAGGUAAAGAUGGUAACUUGGAGGAUGAAGCAGGAGGGACUUUACGUCGCGGACUUGGACAGCGUCGCACGAAACAUUAGCGACGAUGCCAAGGAAGAAGUUCUUCGUGGUCACAGCGAGAGGCUGGCAAUGGGCUGCGCUCUCAUUAGCACGGCUCCGGGAUCGACCAUCCGGAUCACGAAGAAUUUGCGAGUUUGCGACGAUUGUCACAGGGUGAUGGAAGUUUUGUCCGGGAUGGAAGAACGGGAGAUAGUUUGCAGGGACACGGCCCGGUUCCACGUUUUUAGAGACGGGAAGUGCUCGUGUGGUGGAUUCUGGUAACAGCAGAAGCACAGAUUCUCUUUCUCCUCUUCCAUGGGAAAGGCUUCCAAGAUCGUGGGAUGGCAACGCGCAGGAAAUCGUGAAAAGCGGCGCUUCUUUCUGUCACUUCCAACUUACGUGAUCAGGAUCCCAAAACUUGUUUCGUAGCGGAGGAAUCAACGAGCUCACGCUUUGUGCGGUUCUUACCUUUCAGGCUUACAAGGACUCUACUAUACUACGAAAGCUAUAGGCUCUUGGUUUAAUCAUUUAAAUGGUUUUAAUACCAAACAAAAUCAAAGAACAUCCAGUA